CGGGCUUGGCAGUGCUGUUUUCUCGUUCUUUGUGAAACCGGGUCGGUGGUGAGAUCGGGAUGGGGAGUGGGUUCUCGCCCCCUUGGACGGGGAGCCGGAGACGGAUUAUUCUCUGCGGGGCAACACCAACAAUUUUCCUUCGUUAGACCUGCGGUGAGAAGUUUAUUUGAAGAAAAACCCCAACUGGAAGCAAACCACAGCUGAAGACGAGGGAACAGCAACAAGUGAAUUGGCCUGAGGACUGAGAACAGCAACUGGAGAGAACAACUCUGCAUCAAGAGACUCGGAUUUCCCAGUGAUUCAGUCAGGAGAAAGUUUGGGCCAUGCGUUAAGAAUUCUGCCGGCGCUGAAGCGCCGAUGAAAUGCGCAGGCGUCAGGCUGAGGACGUCCCUGAGUUUCACGCAUGUGCGCAGUACACUGAAGGCCUUGAAAAUGUCGGCUACAGGUUAAAAACGAGAAGGAAUUUGUCGCCGGGAAUCUCAAACACAACACGCUAGUUUUGCUGUCUCUGUCUGGAUAUUUAAGAAGUGGAGCAAGGGAUUCACUCAAUCAUCCUUCCUGCUCAGACUGUGGGGAGGGAUUCACUCGAUCAUCCUUCCUGCUCAGACUAUGGGGAGGGAUUCACUCGACCAUCCUUCCUGCUCAGACUGUGGGGAGGGAUUCACUCGGUCAUCCUUCCUGCUCAGACUGUGGGGAGGGAUUCAAUUGAUCAUUUGACCAAAUAGCAAGCCAGUCAUUUUACACAGAAGAAAGGCUGUUCACCUGCUCAGACAGUGGGAAUAGAUUCACUCGGUUAUCACAAUUGAAUGUACAUCAGCAAGUUCACACUGGGCAAGGCCAUUCAUCUGUUCUGUGUGUGAGAAAGGAUUCAGUUGGACCUGUGGACACAUCAGUCAGUUCACACCACACUGGGCAGAAGCUGGUGAUCUGUUGAAUUUCUGAGAAAGGAUUCACUCAGUCAUUUGACCUAAUGGCUCACCAGCAAGUUCACACUGGGGAGAAGCCGUUCACCUGUUCAGUCUGUGAGAAGAGAUUCACUCAGUCAUCCCAACUACAGAGACAUCAGCGAGUUCACACUGGGGAGAAGCCAUUCACGUGCUCAGAAUGUGGGAAAGGAUUCAGUGAGUUAUUUAGCCUACUUAGACAUCAGCGAGUUCACACUGGGGAGAAGCCGUUCACCUGCUCAGAAUGUGAGAAGAGAUUCACUCAGUCAUCCCAACUACAGAGACAUCAGCGAGUUCACACUGGGGAGAAGCCAUUCACGUGCUCAGAAUGUGGGAAAGGAUUCAGUGAGUUAUCCAACCUACAGAGUCAUCUGCGAGUUCACACUGGGGAGAGGCCGUUCACCUGCUCAGAAUGUGGGAAGGGAUUCACACUGUCAUCCCACCUACUGGUACAUCAGCGUGUUCACACUGGGGAGAAGCCGUUCACCUGCUCAGUCUGUGGGGAGGGAUUCACUCAGUCAUCCCACCUACGGAGUCACCAGCGAGUUCACACUGGGGAGAAGCCAUUCACCUGCUCAGUCUGUGGGAAGGGAUUCACUUACUCAUCCCACCUACAGAGUCAUCAGCGAGUUCACACUGGAGAGAGGCCGUUCACCUGCUCAGUCUGUGGGAAGAGAUUCACUGAUCCAUCCAACCUACAGAGUCAUCAGCGAGUUCACACUGGGGAGAAGCCGUUCAGCUGCUUAGUCUGUGGGAAGAGAUUCACUCGCUCAUCCAGAUUACUGGAACAUCAGCGAGUUCACACUGGAGAGAGGCCAUUCACCUGCUCAGACUGUGGGAGGGGAUUCACUCAUUUAUCCAGCCUACAGAGUCAUCAGCGAGUUCACACUGGGGAGAAGCCAUUCAUCUGCUUAGUCUGUGGGAAGAGAUUCACUUGCUCAUCCAGAUUACUGGAACAUCAGCGAGUUCACACUGGAGAGAGGCCAUUCACCUGCUCAGAAUGUGGGAAGAGAUUCACUCGCUCUUCCACACUACAGAGACAUCAGCGAGUUCACACUGGAGAGGAGCCAUUUACCUGCUGAGAAUGUGGGAAAGGAUUCACUCAGUCAUCCCAACUACUGGCACACCAGUCAGUUGUUAUGUAUCCCUAGGUUUUGUUUGCUGUGGACUGUCAUUUUAAGAGAGAGAGAGAGAGAUUAGGAAGGUGAAUCAGUCUGACUUGCAGCUUGUUUACAUCACUCCCAGCUUGUUCAGUUUUAACUGAGGACACAGACGCUCAGAGUCAGACGGAGAUGAAUGAGGAAAAAUGGAAGGAUCGAAACAAGGGAAAUAGGUGCCAAGGGUCACUGUUUGGAAUUUUCCUAUGCCCACAAGUGUGGGUUAAUUAUCGAUUCAUUGUACAUCGAAUGUGUGGUUGUCACCUCGUUUGAUCCAUAGGAGUGGAUCUGAUUUGGGGUAUCCUGUGAAGACCACUGAUGUGUUACCCCUUGCCUGGGUGUGGUGUGGUAAUUCACUUGAAGACGAUAUGCCUUGUGACAAGUCACUUUGGGUGAUAAUUAGUAUGUGGAUUUGGAAGGAUGACAGAUAAAAUCUACAGUGACUGUUCUCUUGUUUUACCACCAUGGAACCUGCGGAAUUCGACAUAAUUGCCUUCUAUCGACAUUUACCCUGGAUUACAAAUAUCUCUCUCAUCAGAUAUUCCGUGGUUGAACUGAACUUUCAUAAUUUACCAUCUGAAGACUCCAAGCCUUGUUUCCCCCUAGCUCAAUAGUUUCGGAUUUAUAUUUACACACAUAUAUACACAUAACACUGUUAACUUUUGUUUAUCUUGCUUAAGUUACUAUAUUAUAAGUAGAUUCUAAUAAAGAUAGUUUUAUGAUCAAAAACAGACUCCUGGUGUAGUCUCCACGAGGAAAUCUGCAGAUGCUGGAAAUUC